GUCUGCUCGGUUAGGCUUUCGGUGCCAGUUCAGCGCCUGUGAAUGGACCAGAUGUCUCACCUUGUCCGUCCAGCGCUGCUACAUGUCGGACACUCCAGACUCAGUCAAAACGGUUGAUCAUCUGAGCUCUGGACUUGAGAGAUACAAGGAUUUGCAGAAGUACUUCAACAGGAGACUGAAGGCAACAUACCACAGGUUCUCCAACAUACCUGAUCACUCAGUGGUGUGUGGACGUCAUCAUGUGUAUUUCAUUAAAGGAGACGGCAUCUACAGAAUGGACAAGAGACAAGAGAGUGAGCUGGAGUUGGAGCAAGUACUAGAUCUGGAACAAGUCUCUGGAGGGGAGGUGAAGACAGGACCUGAGAAGGAAGAGAGGAAGCAGAGUUUUCAGUGGACCGUCCAGAGAAUACGUCUGUCCCCACAGGAGGAGCAUCUUGCUGCCACUCUAAAGACUACUCACACAGAAGAGCUGAGGUGUGUGGUUGUGAGGCUAGGAAAAAGAAAUUCCUUUCCUCUGCAUCCGCCUCACGUCAUACUCACACUGGACAAAGUCUUCAGCUUUGAGUGGGCCACUGAUGAGGUAUUGUUUUACUCAACUCUGGAGGGUCUACGCUGCAGUAAGGUGUUUCGUCUGGAUCUAACCCCUAGUGAAGGCAGGAUAACCUCUGUUUAUGAGGAAACACAGCCCAAUGUGUUUGUGGACGUUGCCCUUUCCAGAGACCGGCAGAUACUAACCAUCAACUGCAACAGCAGGACCAGUUCAGAGGUGCUAUUUAUUGAUAUAACAGCAUCCAGUUUGGAGCCCUUUCUGGUUCAGCCACGCCAGCUGGACCUCCUGUACCAUGUGGAGCACUGGAGAAGGUGGCUGAUUAUACUGGCUAAUACAGGGCCUGGGCAGGAGUAUCAGGUGGUACAGGCUCCUCUCUCAGAGCCAUCCAUGGUCUCGUGGGAGCCUUUGUUUUCCCCCAGCCCUGGCACUGCAGUCAAAGACAUGGAUGUGGUUGGAGACCACUGUGUGUUGGUUGCAAGAACACCAGCCAAUGAACUUGUACUGAUCGUGAUCCCGAUGACCCAACCCGAGGGGACAUACACUGCAAAGCUCCCCCCUUGGGCCUGUGCCAUCGAAAACAAAAGACCAGGCUUGGCAGACAAACGCAGUGUGUUCGAGUUCCUGAUCUCAUCUCCAGUCCACCCCCCAGUGCCCUACUGUCUAUACCCUGGGGAUGGGCGCCUUUUAUCAUGCACUGAAGAUGGGCCCUCCCCAGAGAAACAUGGCAAUUAUAUCACCACACGCAUGGAGGCCUGCAGCCAAGAUGGUACCUUGGUGCCAGUAACAAUGUUUCAUGCAGCACCUGUGGAGUGUUUGAGACAGACGCCACUGCUGGUUCAUGUCUACGGGGCUUAUGGCCGGGAUGUCAACAUGGACUUCAGCCCAGAGAAAAGGAUGCUGCUGGAGCAGGGGUGGGCUCUGGCCUACUGUCACAUCAGAGGUGGAGGAGAGCGGGGUCUGUCAUGGCAAAGACAGGCUCGUGUGGAGGGGAAGCAGAGAGGAGUGGAGGACCUCCAAGCCUGCCUCCAUCACCUCUUCUCAUGGGGAGUUUCAUCUCCCUCACUUACUGUCUUUACAGCCAGCAGUGCUGGAGCUGUGGCAGUGGGGGCGCUGUGCAACAGACACCCACACAAGAUGCGGGCCAUCACACUGCAGGCUCCUUUCCUGGAUGUGUUGGGAACGAUGGAGGAUCCCAGCCUGCCUCUAACCUUGGAGGAUAGAGAAGAAUGGGGGGACCCUGUGGGAAACCCAAAACACAAACAAGCCAUCGCCUCCUACUGUCCCCUUCACAACAUUACCCCUCAGCAUUACCCAUCGAUGCUGCUGACAGCCUACAGUGAUGAUACCAGGGUGCCUCUGGCAGGUGUCCUAAAAUACACAGAGCAACUGAAGAAAGCCAUUCAUUCACACAUCACAAUAAAGCCAAAGUCAGAAUGUGAACCAGCAUCAAACAUAGUUCUGAAUAUUCAACCUGGAGCAAAUCACUUCGGACCAGAAGACUUCGAGCUGAUGCUGGAGGAGGAAGCCCUGAAGCUAGCAUUUCUCUACACAGAGCUGGGUCUGGAUCCUCCUCGACCUUCACGCAAGAGGAGGAGAUAG